AUGUCUGAAGCGCUGUGCGCCCGCACUGACCUGCGCCCAAAGAGAGAGGCAAGGACGCACAGACAAGUUUCUGAUCGCAUCGCCGUAAAUACAGCUGGUGGAGUCUGCUGUGAAAAACUGUCACAAAAUCUGCUGACUGUGGUCAGAAGGAAAGCCUCGGCUAUGGAAAACGUAAAACACGUGGUCACAUGUACAAAGUCUGGGCAGCGCGGCAGGCGCAGAUUAAAGGCAAACGACAGAGAGCGCCACCGGAUGCGUAACCUGAACUCCGCGCUGGAUGUGCUGAGAAGCAUCCUGCCGGCGAUGCCCGAAGACGCAAAGCUGACCAAGAUCGAAACUCUUCGCUUCGCCCACAACUACAUCUGGGCUCUGACCGCAACUUUGCGCUUGACAGACCACCAUGGACUGACACCUGAAUACCCUCCAGUGAAAUGUGAUUUACGCAGACCAACAAGUGUUUCCUCUGGUGAGGAGGAUCAGGCUUCACCUGCAGACUCCUGCGUCUCCUCGGCAGACUUUGAAAUCUCAGCUCAUGAAAUUAACUGUAAGGUUUCGGCAAGACCACAACCAUGUGUGAUGCCUGUUACCUUUUAUUUCAACUCUUUCUGUGACUGA